AUGCACGUGGUUGCAAGCCUUAUCACUUCUGUGGGCUUCGUUGCCAGAUUAGCUUUCGCACAGGACCAUGGCGACGAUGCUGCCCGAGAGAUGGGUCCGGUAGCAUUCAUGUGGCCACCGGAUCGUCUUUGGGGUGCUGAUUUCGAUAACCAUGCUCCUUGUGGCUCUGCUGCAAGUGUCGGCAACCGAACCGUCUUCCCCUUGUUGAAUGGACAGAUCGCACUGGUAGCACAAGAUGAAUCCUGGCAAAUCCAGGUUGCGAUUUCGCACAACAGCAAUCCUCUCUCAAACGAUGACUUCGAGACUCUCAUAGCACCCACGAGAAUUCCGGAGCUCAAUGAGGGACAUCAAUGUUAUCCAAUACCCAAUCCGGCUGCGGAUGUUGAGGCAGGAGCGAAUGCAACUCUGCAAAUCAAGUACACCUCCGACUUUGACACGGACUUGAACGAGACAUUUUACGCAUGCGCCGAUAUCACAUACGUUGCAACCAGCCAAUUCACCGUACAGGUUCCCUGCUUCAAUGCCACAACCGAUGACUUCGACCUCCCUAGCGAGAAUGACGACGAUGACAACAGUACCUCGACUUCGACAGGCACAGCUGCAGGAGCCUCCGCAACAGCUUCCGGUGCAGUGACCACGUCAAAAGGGUCUUCUUCAGGCCUUUCUGGUGGUGCAAUUGCUGGAAUUGUUGUGGGCGUGGUGGGUGGCGUGCUUCUUGUUGCAGGGGCAUUUUUCUUCCUAUGGCGACGUGGCCAGCAGAACAGACGUCUUCGCCAGCAGCAAGCCAAUGUACGGAAUGUCAAAUGGGAGGAAAAUCCACAAGGAUCGCCACCAUCUCAAAGCUCGAGUCAGGACAUUGGCCUCAGAAAACUCUAG